CUGGGUGCGGUUCGCUACCGACCGGCCCCCUUCUUCUCCUCUCCCCUGCCAUUCGCAGCCAUCUUGAACUCUCUUUCUCAACAGCAGCAGCAGCAGCAGCAGCAGCAGAGCUGCCUGCUCUUGUCUUCUCCAGCUAGCCAGUGUAGAGCAGAGACUUGAUGGGGAUCUGCGCGUCUUCGAAGCGCCUGGAGCCGGAGCAGGAGUCCGACGAGAACGUCGUGUACGUGAUGGACGAGCAGGGAGGCGGAGGAGGGGAGGAGGACGGCGGCGGGGUGGCCGGCAGGAAGGUGGCCUCCCUCUACUCCCUGAAGGGCAAGAAGGGGCCCAACCAGGACGCCGUCAUCCUCUGCCAGGGAUUCGGCAUGGAGGACGGAGUGUUUUGCGGCGUGUUCGACGGACAUGGCAGGUGCGGGCAUUUCAUCAGCAAGCUGGUGAGGGACUACCUCCCCUUCAUGAUCCUCAGCCACCGGAACGCGCUGUUCCUGGCCGCCGCGGGCGACGACGACGACGACCCGGCCUUCAGCGACGCCUCGCCGUCGUCGUCGACGGACAGCAGCGGCGGCUCGUCGCCGCAGCCGUCGCCGGCGCAGCUGCUGGAGGAGUGGAGGGAGGCCUGCACCAACGCGUUCGAGGCCAUGGACAAGGAGCUCCAGCUCCAGGCCAACGUGGACAGCAACUUCAGUGGGACCACCGCGGUGUGCGCCAUCAAGCAGGGGAAGGACCUGAUCAUCGCGAACCUCGGCGACUCGAGGGCGGUGCUCGCGACGAUGUCGGAGACGGGCUACCUGAAGGCCGUGCAGCUCACCAGCGACCAGAAGCCCAACGUGCCUCAGGAGGCGGAGAGGAUAAAGAGCUGCAACGGCCGCGUGUUCGCGCUCAAGGGCGAGCCGUCGGUGCUCCGGGUGUGGCUGCCCGACGAGGACUGCCCGGGCCUCGCCAUGGCGCGCUCGCUGGGGGACUUCCGGCUCAAGCGGUACGGCGUGGUGUCCGAGCCGCAGGUGGCGCAUCGCCGGAUCACGGCCGGCGACCUGUUCAUCAUCCUGGCCACGGACGGGGUGUGGGACGUGCUGAGCAACGAGGAGGUGGUGUCGAUCGUGUGCGCCACGCCGCGGAAGCAGCACGCGUCCAAGGCCGUGGCGGAGGCCGCGGCGCAGCGGUGGCGGGUCAGGUACCCGGCGUCCAGGGUGGACGACUGCUCGGCCGUCUGCCUCUUCCUGCGCGACCAGGACUGGGGCAGCGCCGCGCGCCGCUAGCUAGCUCCGGCAAGAAGCCGCCGGGUAGCUCAGCUCGUAGCCUCGUACCCGUGCCUUCUGCAGGUGCUCUUGUUCUGCGACCUUGAACCCCCAAAUGCAAAUGCUCUCCUACAUUGUAAUUAAGCGCUGCGACAUUGUGUUAAGCUCUGAUGUUCUGCAACCAGGAGACGAGAAGAGGAAAAAAAAGGAAUGCCUUUUCUUCAGUUGACUGUUGAUCAUGGCGAGAAUGCCUGUUGUAGCAUGUAAACUUAGGGUAGGGGCCUGGUCUGGCUUUUAGAAGCACGCAUGAUACCUAUAACUAUACAAGUGAGUUUUGGUUCACCGUUCA